AUCUUUCUCCAUGGGCGGGGCACCAUAUAAAAGGUGUUAAGGUCAUGCUUCUAUUAAGUAGUGGUUGUACUUCAGUACGUGAAUAUUGAGAGAAAAUAUGCGGUAUUUGACAAUUUUCGUCGCCUUGCUCUACGAGAUUACGGCAGCUCCAAGUGGGCCAAAUGUUCGCCUAUCUCCGGAAUAUUUCCACCCAAUAGAAUCUCUGUAUCAUUCCCAAGAUCAAGGCGGCCAAUACGUUUAUGGAUAUGCCACGCCGGCAAUUACCAAAAGCGAAACAAAAUCUGCUGAUGGAGUUACUAGAGGAGGAUAUUCUUAUAUUGAUGCUGAUGGUCGUUUGCAAACAGUUCAAUACAUUGCCGAUCCAAUUCAUGGAUUCAGAGUGGCUGCUUCAAACCUACCAGUAGAAGCUGCUGAUGUAGCUCAUGCCAGAGCCAGCCAUUUGGCCGAAUUUGAAGCCAUCAAAGCUGAGCGAGCUAAUGCUGCAGCUGCAGCUGUUUCAGUGCCAUAUUUCAAUCCGGUUGCAGUUCCUCACGGUCAAGUGCCUCAAGUGCCAGAAAACCAACAGCUUCCUCAGCCGGUAACUGAUCUGCCUGAAGUGGUCAAAGCUCGUGCCGAACAUUUAGCAGCUCUUAAUGAAGCCUACCGAACAGCGCAAGCUGCACAUCUAGGAUAUGGGUUGCCGCAAGCUCCACAGCCUGUGCAAGACUUGCCAGAGGUGGUGAGAGCAAGAGCUGAACAUUUGGCAGCUGUUGAAAAGGAAUUAUCACUUCAUGCCCAGUUGAGAGCAGAUAUUUCCAUUAGCCCCAUUCCUGAUAACUUAAGUGGGCACGUGGUGCCCAUCCAGACUAAUGCUGGAAGCUCCGAUUCUUUACCAGUAGCACCAUCAGCACAACUUUCCUAUGCCCCAGCGCAAAAUGGAUAUUCUCCAUAUUCCUAUGGAUACAUCGGACCGCAUAGUGCAAAAUCUGAAACCCAAUCUGCAGAUGGUGUGGUCCAGGGAGGAUAUUCCUACAUCGAUGCCUUUGGAAUAGUGCAAACAGUCAACUAUAUUGCCGACAAGGGAGGGUUUAGAGUGGCAGCUACCAACAUUCCAGUCGAUAAAAACCAUUUGGCUGCAGGUGCAGCAUUAUCCCAUAAUGCAGCAAUUGCAGCUCCUGCGCCAGCAAUUCCCGUUGCAGAAAAGAAAAUCGUCGUGCCUGCUUUGUACACAACGAAUGUGCAAUACUAGAUUUAGUUUCGUGUUUGUCUUAUGUGCUUCAAUACUUCUUCUUGGGUUCUGUAUUAAAAUUUCAAUUAAAUUUA